GGGAGGCCGGAACCGGAGCUCCGCUGAUGGACGAAGCUUCGUCCUAACGUACGUCGAGUCGGUUUUUGGCUGAAUCCGCAUCCUGCGCCUCUUUCACUUUGUUUGAAACAUAAAAGCGGACUGACGGGGACCAUGACGGAGAGCACCGGGGUGCCCGCGGGGGAGGCCGCGGGGAAAGAUGCGCUCCCUGCCGGCGAGCCGGCGGAGGGGGAGAAGAAGGAGAACGGAGGCAGCGGGAGCGCGGCGGAGCAGCAGCCGCACGCGGAGUUCGUGCACCCGGAGGGCGGCUGGGGCUGGCUGGUCAUGCUGGCCGCGAUGUGGUGCAACGGCUCCGUGUUCGGCAUCCAGAACGCCUUCGGGAUCCUCUUCCUGUCCCUGCUGCGGGAGUUCGGAUCCGAGCACGAUGAGGACCUGCGCUUCCGGACAGCCUGGGUGGGCUCGCUCUCCAUGGGGAUGAUCUUCUUCUGCUCUCCCAUCGUCAGCGUCUUCACCGACAUCCUCGGCUGCAGGAUUACUGCUGUGGGCGGAGCCACUGUGGGCCUGAUCGGCCUAAUGGCCAGCUCCUUUGUCACGUCGCUGGGCCCGUUAUACUUCACCUAUGGCAUUGUCUUUGCAUGCGGCUGCUCGUUUUCCUACCAGCCCAGCCUGGUCAUCCUGGGCCACUACUUCAAAAAGCGACUGGGCCUGGUGAACGGCAUCGUGACGGCCGGCAGCAGCAUCUUCACCAUCACGCUGCCUUUUGCGCUGUCGUUCCUGCUGGAGACGGUGGGCCUGUAUCACACCAUGCGCAUCCUGUGCAUCCUCAUGUUUGUGUUGGUACUGGCCGGCUUCACCUACAGGCCUCUGCUGCCCAACAACCACACCAACAGCAACACUGGAAGCUCCUGCCCCCCUAUGAGCAAGAUUUUCAAUGUCAACAUCUGGCGCUCUAUUGGAUAUCGUAUCUGGGCUUUUGGCGUCCCAGCAGCACUUUAUGGAUACUUUGUGCCUUACGUGCACUUGAUGAAGCACGUUGAGGAGCGUUUUGGAACAGAUGCCAACAAGGAGGUGCUGCUUAUGUGCAUCGGCAUCACGUCUUGCGUGGGCCGUCUCAUUUUUGGCACGGUGGCGGACUACAUCCCCGGAGUUAACAAAGUCUACCUGCAGGUCUCAUCUUUUUUUGUCAUCGGCCUGAUGUCCAUGAUGAUCCCACUGUGCAACAUCUUCGGCGGGCUGAUCGCGGUGUGUCUGCUGAUGGGACUGUUUGAUGGUUGCUUCAUCUGCAUCAUGGCGCCGAUCGCCUUCGAGCUGGUGGGAGCCAAAGACGGGUCGCAGGCCAUCGGCUUCUUGCUGGGACUCAUGUCCGUGCCCAUGACUGUGGGACCUCCCAUUGCAGGCUUCCUGAGGGACCGGCUGGGCAGCUACGACGUGGCCUUCUACCUGGCGGGGAUCCCGCCCAUCGUGGGAGGAAUGGUGCUGUGUCUGAUACCUUGGGUGGAAGCCCGGCGUAAGAGGCGGCAGCAGGAACAGGCCCUGGACAAGGAGCAGGACGUCACCCAGAAGAUGAUCGAGCACGAAAAACCUCUGGAAGACGGGCCUGUGAAGAGCGGAGAGUCUGUCCUCUGAACAAACGGAGACGCAGCCGCCUGGAUGCCGUGAGACUGCUGACCUGCAGUGUUUUAGAGUCCAAGUAUGAGACGCCGUGUUCAUGUGUUCACAGAAGCUGCCUGCAGCAGCAGAAUGUCUGGAAAUACCAAAGUGUUGAAAACUAACAGAAAAAAGUCAGAGGAUGAGGAGUCGAAGUGAAACAUCUCACGUCUGUCCAAACAAUGCGAGACCAAAACAUUUUCUUCCACCACAGAGACAGAAUGUUUGUAAUAUUCAUCCACAUUUCCACUUUAAUCCACUUUAAUCCAAAGGCUGGUUUCAGAUUUACAAAUGUGUCUAAAAAUGAAAAACACAGAUUUUUUUAGAUUAUACAAGUAAAUUAACAUCAGCACAAACCAAAGCCCGUCCACUCAGAUGUCUGAAGGGACACCUGUCGUCUUCACUGCUGUCUCUGUUUAAUGUCAAAACCGCACAGUUUCUGUCCGUCUUCCCGUUAUCAGGUUCUCUGGGAGAAUCUCAGUUCAGGAGAUUAUCCGUAACACUCGUGAAGCUCUGGGAUCAUCUGAGCCGUGAAGAUGUUUGGACACUCACAUGAACGGAUUCACAUGGACUUCCCCUCGACCCCAGCAGCUCUUCUCCACAGGCCGGAUCCAGGACCAGGAUCCAGGAUCUGAUGAGGGAAUGAUUCCAAACCCGUGAAUAAAAAAACCCUUAAAAAACAGAAACCUGAAAGUCUGACAAGGACCCCCCCCCCCCAAAAAAAAUCUGAAUUAGGCAGUAGGGGGCGAUAUAGGCACAGCAGCUCCAAAAAGAAAUCUUAAGAUUCACCCUUGAACAUGCUAGAAGACAAAUCUGCCCCCUACAGGCCAAUUCUGGUAAUUCAGAGUUGUCAUAUAUCUGCUAACAACAUAAAUAUUAUUGAUUCAUGUGAAAAACA